CAAUCCAACUUAAAAAUAUUUUUUAUCCUAACACCUAACUAUAUUAUAUAACACCAUCUUUCCUUCAUAGCUGAAGAUAAUACAUCACAACUUCAGCAAACACUUAAGAGAAAGAAAAAAGAAUCAAAUACUUCCCUAAAAUUAUGAAGUUCUUCCUUGCAGCAUUAUUGUUUUUCCACGGCAUUGUCCUAACCAUGGCUCAAGCGCAAGCACCGGCUAAAGCACAGGCGCCUGCUCCAGGACCUGCAGGACCUACAAACGUAACAGCGAUCCUUUCAAAAGCAGGUCAAUUCACAAUGUUCAUCCGGCUACUACAGAGCACUCAAGAAGCAGACCAAAUCAACAACCAACUUAACAACUCAAAUUCAGGCCUUACAAUUUUCGCCCCACCUGAUAACUCAUUCUCUAACCUGAAAUCUGGGUUGUUAAACUCCCUGUCAGACCAACAGAAGGUACAGUUAGUACAGUUCCAUGUACUCCCUAACUAUAUAUCUCAGUCCGAGUUCCAGACUGCUAGUAACCCACUAAGGACACAGGCUGGGAACAGCAAUGAUGGGGAAUAUCCACUGAAUAUUACCACUUCAGGAAACCAAGUGAAUAUAACCACUGGAGUUGUUAAUACAACAGUGUCUAAUUCACUUUACAGUGAUGGACAGUUAGCUGUUUACCAAGUUGAUCAAGUGCUGUUGCCGUUGGCAUUCUUUCGAACACCAGCACCCGCUCCAGCUCCAGUUGCAGCUAAGCCUAAGAAGGGUGCUAAAGAAGCUGAUACUUCAGAUGAUGAUAACACUGAUGAUUCUUCUGGUGCUAUUGAAUUGGUUAAUUUUGGAUUGUCUAAGGUGGUCUUUGCUGCCUCCUUGGUAGCGUCAAUCUAUAUGGUUCUAUGAUUCUGUUAAUUUUUUGUCAUGUUUCUUUGGUUAUUCUUUUUGGGCAUUACUAUUGAGUCGAAGUUUUGCUUGAUGAUGCUGAGAUAAAUAUGAAUGUAAUUCUGUUUUUGUGGCUUCUUGAAUUUAAUGGAAGUUUUUUUUUCUGUUUU